AUGUGGAAAGUCCCAGUCUUCACUCAGGAACUACGUGACGUCACAGCCAAUGAACAUGACACCGUUACCCUUGAGGUGAUAGUCAGCGGUAACUCGGCCUUCGAAUUGGAAUGGUUCAAAAACGCGGUUGACAUCACAGAAAGCGAUCGUAUUUCACUGGUAAACCACGACGACGGGCGGUUCACACUCAACAUCCGGGACUGCGAAGAUGACGACACUGGAGAAUACUGUUGUGUGGCUCAGAACGAGGCUGGGAGGGUCACGUGUGCAGGCUGGCUGACUGUUGAAGUUGAAAGCGUUAGAUCUGAUGACGAUGAAGAGAGUGAGGAAUCAGAAGAUGACGAUGUAUUUGUGCCAAAAGAGUUUGUUGAGAUCAGAGAAGGCAACGUUCAAACCCAUUACUGUAUUGAAGAGGAGGUUGGCAGAGGUCGAUUUGGCAUCGUUAAAAAGUGUGUGGAACUCGACACUGCCACGAGGUUCUGCGCCAAGUUCAUCAAAUCGAGGCCCAGCCAGAAGGAAGAGUUUAAACGUGAGAUUGACGUCAUGAAUGCUCUUCAUCAUCCUCGUAUCAUCAGACUGCAAGACGCGUUUGACGAACCAAGGCAGAUUAUUCUCAUUAUGGAGUAUGCCAGAGGAGGUGAUUUAUUCGCUCGUAUCGAUGGAGACUCUCUUCCCGAGUUUGAAGCCGUCAAAAUUCUGAAGCAAGUGUUGGACGCCCUCAAGUUCAUGCACGACCUUGGCUUCAUGCAUUUGGACCUCAAGGUUAGAAUAUGAGAGAGACCCAACCGAGUAGCUCCCUGCUCUCUUGACUCUCUUUCGCUUUCCACCUAAAGAUCUGGGGAAACUACCUUCUUGCUACAUGUAAAUACAUGCACCUUGG